CAGUAAUACAUAUUUCUAAGGGAAUACUUAACAGGAUGCUGCUCAUCAAUUCGAUUCGUUUAAAGUGAUUAUAAAACAAUGUAGAUGUAUCCAGAUUAUUCAUUAAAAAGAAAGAUUUCUAUUAUAAAAAUAUUGAGUUUGGACUUUACACGUAUUGCUGUUUUCUUAGAUAGUAAAAAGAACACCUUAUCAACAUUUUAUUAUCAGUGACAGACGAGAGCAGUGGCAAUAUAUAUCAACCUUAUUAGAUAAAAUAUUUUCCUGACAAAUAAACAAUAGUAGCUUUCUAGGUGUUCUGUUAAGUGGAAUGUUUCACUCAAGUCAAUAUUUGUCUGGUGACUUUAAGACGUUGUAACUACAGUAUAUAAUAGUAAAGUUUAAAUAAUGGAUAACAAGAGAGUUGAAGAUUUAAUAGAAAUGAUAAGAAACCGUUGCUUGUUAAAUAAUGUAGGUGGAAUAAAGUACCUUUCUGUACUGUUUCGUAGUAUGGAUACUGAUUUUGACAAGCGUUUAUCGUACCGAGAACUUAAUGAAGGUAUGAAAUCAUUUGGCCUUGAAAUAGUCAAAGAUGACUUCAAGAUGUUGUUUGACGCGUUUGACAAAGAUAAAGAUAAACAAAUUGAUUUCCUGGAGCUAGUAGCAAAACUACGACCUCCAAUGACAAAAAGAAGAGUAGAUGUAAUAAAUCAAGCAUUUGACUCUCUCGAUGUAAACAAAGACGGAAUAUUAAGUAUAGAUGACUUGAAAAUUGUCUAUUUGACCAACGCAAAGCGACAUCCAAAGUUUCUUUCCGGUGAGUGGACAGAAGAACAGGUGCUCCGGAACUUCUUAGACAGUAUCGAUACACCUGGUAAUCCGGAUGGAAACGUGACACGAGAGGAAUUCAUGAACUACUACGCAGGGGUCAGUUCAACAGUAGACGAUGACAGUUAUUUUGAUCUUAUGAUGAGAGCGUGUUAUGGUCUACCAAACAGAGGAACCUAAAAGUUUUUAGAACUUAUGUUGCCUUCUUAUAUCCAGUAAAACUAUUGUGAAAUGAUACUACUAAACUACUAAAAUUAAAAGAUUAGAACGAAACCGCGCUAUUUAGCUUAUACUAUUACUCUAUUACAUUAGUGCGUAUGAUUUAGAUGACUUUAAGUUUAUGAUAAAACUUUACAUUAAAUUUUAGCUAAGAAAAAGAUUUAAGUGAAAGUACAUGCUGGGGGGAAUUACAUAUAUAUGAACAAUUACGCAAUAUAUACAUAAGUUAUCUGGCAUUUUAACUUUACGAGUAAUUUAUCAAUUUGAAGACAUUGGAGACAUUCUGUAUAUCAUAACUUCAGACGCUUAUAUUAUGUACGAAGAAUACUCUGUUUUUAUAUCAAUGUUUUCCUUUUCCAAACUAAACACAAGAAAGUUUGCACAGUAUUCUCGAUGCAAAAAAACAAAACAAAACGGAACUCUUAAUCAAUGUGGGCUAUUUUAAAAGAUGUGCGAUUAAUCUAACCUAAGACAUUCAGUAAGUACAUGUUGUUAUGACAAGUAAAAAUAUUAUUUUAUAAUGAGAUAAGAGGCGGUACAUGAAUCUACAUGUCAGUGUUCCGUUAACAGACCACAAGAAGUUGUUGUUUGCUUUCUCAGCCCUUCAAUUCAUCAACGAAAUAUUCAACAUAUUUUCGUAAGUUUUUCUUAAAAAGCUUACUAAUAUAUAAACUUUACAAUGUAAAGCAUAUUAUAGUAUAAUGAAUGGCAUUUGUUCAAUGCAAUCGUUUUACAAACAAACCAGCUAAACAGAUACAUGGUGGAACUGUUUAAGAUACGACUCUUAAUCUAUAUUUUCAUCGAAAAUAUACAUUUUAUAUUGGUUGGCUGCUUAGAUUCGAGCUGAAUCAGAAUCGAUUUCACAAGCAUUAGAUACAACUCAUCACCAAGGACUUCGAAUUGCUCUUAAUAUCUUUAAAAUAUAUUGAACGUUGCUGGAACGUAUUGGUGUGUAUUUUAAAGAUUGUUUAGAAUAUAAGCAAACCGGCUCAAUGAAUAUGAUUUCAAUCUAAGUUUAGCAAUCAAAUGAACAAAAAAUAUCAUUUGGCUAUCGUAUUAAACGUGUAAUAAAUACCUCACUUACUACUAUUAGUCUGGAAACAGUUCCGGAUAGUUUAAGUCAAAGUGACAAUUUUCCAAUUAUACAGACCUUACCACGGGGGAGGAACUGUUACACGAGACUAGGUUGUGGAGGAUAUCAUGUUACAGAUUUAGGAUGCUACAGUUACAGUAUUCCUGGAUAAAGUUACAGCAUUCGGAGGAUAAAAAUCACUGUCGGUGUUUUGUUUGCCAAAAAAAUAGUAAAUAUUUAUCUCUUUUUUGCAAAAGUAAAAAUUGUUUUACUAGAUCAAUGGUAUGUACGUCUGCUGAGACAUGGUUUGACACGUGAAACACAGUACAGUGAAACACCGCUCGCUCGAGCAUCGAUGACUCGAGCACCCGGGCUCGCUCGAGCAAUUCAUGUGGUCCCGGCCGAUUUCCUUCUAUUUUCUAUGUGAAAUUACCAUGGAUGGGUCGAGCAUCGAUAACUCGAUUGCUCGAGCAUGACAUCUGGUCCCUGUGUAUUAAUUUACUCUUUGUUGCUUAUGGCAAACUCGAGCAAAGGUGUCAACAUUUUCACACCUUCGGUGGUCAGAAUGUAUCGGUUAAUUUAAAAUUUUCGCACGCCGUGAGAAUUCCCCGACUAUC